CUGGCUAGUCUUAGUCUUACUACUACUACUACCACUAUAUUUAACACCUUUCUUAAUACCUCAAAAAAGAUUAGAGCAUUUUCUGUAGCUUCAUUGACAAGUGACCCUCUUCCCCUUUCCAUCUCCCCUAAUCAAAACAGAGUAUGUGUGGCAAGUCCUCUAUUAUAACACUCUUACACCUACAAUAUCUCUCUUGUUCUGUCUUGAGAAAUGGGAGUAAAGUUAGCUCUUUUAAUCAUCAUGGCGAUGAUAAUAAUGGUUUUGGAAAAUGAGGGUAAUUUAGCAAGUGCAAAUGGAACAUGGGCAGGUUCAAAGUACCAGAUUGAAUGUACAAUGUGUGCAGCAUGUGACAACCCUUGUGCCACCCCAUCUCCACCACCACCAGCAACACCGUCUCCUCCUCCGCCGUCUUCCUCCAACAACUGCCCUCCGCCACCCUCUCCUCCCUCCUCCGGCGGUGGCAAUAACUACUACUCUCCACCACCGCCCCAGGGCGGUAGCGGUGGAGGUGGUAAUAAUUACUACUAUUCACCACCUCCACCUGGUGGUGCAAAUAAUGGUAAUUAUUACCCUCCACCUGGUGGUGCAAGUAAUGGUAAUUAUUACCCUCCACCUUACCAAAAUAAUUACCCUUCUGGACCUACUCCACCACCACCAAAUCCUAUUGUUCCAUAUUUCCCAUUCUACUUCUAUAAUCCUCCACCACCUUCACAAUCGUCUGCUUUUAAGCUCACUCAUUAUUAUUCUUCUGAAUCUUCUUUUCUUGGCACUAUGUUCGUUGUCUUCUUGAUUUUCCUUUGAAAAUUCUCAAUGUGAAAUUAAAUAAGGUGUCCAAGGAUCACAGAUCUACAAUCUUUGCAGAGAUGAAAGCAAGAUGAAUUCAGUUGUUGAAGAAUGUUCAAUUAUCUGAAGAAAAAAAAGGAGAAAAAUGGAAGCUUUAAUCUUUGGAUAAGAAGCUGAAGAACUUAUAUUAACUGAAGUGAACUCUUGACUUCUUUCUCUCAUCCAUUGGAGUAAUAUCUGUAAAUUCUUGACCAUUAUUCUUAUGCUUCGUAAUUUUUAGCUUUUUUUGUUUAACUUAGUUGACAUUUAAUGUUUCUAAUUCGUAUAGAAUGUAAGAAAACUUUAGUCAAUUUUGCAAGAAUUAUAUAAAGUCAACUUCUCAUA